UAUGAAGAGAAAAAGGCUAAUAAAAAAGUAUCAAAGUCCUAAAAAAUCCCUCAAAGAUGUUGAAGAUGCUAAAAUAGUGUCAUCUCCUAAUACAAGAGGUAUGAAAAGAAGAAGGCUAAUAAAGAAGUAUCAAAGUCCUAAAAAAUCCUUCAAAGAUGUUGAAAAUGCUAGACUAGUGUCAUCCCCUAAUGCAAGAGGUAUUAAAAGGAGAAGGCUUGUACAAUUUGAAGAGGAAGAAGAUGAACAUAUUGAACCGAAUGUUGUAUAUGCUAAAGAAAAUGUUCAUCUCUCAAAUGAUGAAAAUGUUAUCUUGGCAAGAGAAAAAAGACAUCUUCCAAGUCAUUCUAGGUCAACAUCUUCUAAAGGCACGAGUCAACAAGAGCAUAUACCUCAAAGUUCAUCCAUUCAAAAUGAAGUUUAUAGUCAUAGCCUAUCAGAUGCUGAUUUUCUUAAUAAUGAAGAGGUAAAUGGAGUUGCUAUUUCUAGAAAGAAGUGGAACACCACAUGGUUUGUUAUUGUUGUAGAUGAACAAGGGGUUGAAAAGAGUAUGCAUCUUAAGGUAAAAGAUGCAUUUUCCCUUCAUCAUAGUAGGAAACGAGUUCUUAUAGAAUGGAAUGGAAGUGGUCAGCCAAUUGGAGAAUCUGGUGGACUCUUGGGAGGUGUUUUGGGGCUCAUUGCAAGUAAUUUUAAUAAUUUUCCUAUAAUGUACAAAACUUGGCAUAAGGUUCCAAUGCAAUACAAAGAUGCUGUUUUUGAGAAUACUAUUAAGAAAAUAUUUGUUGUUAAUGAUGAUGAACACAAAAGGUAUAUCUUGUCAAAUCUUGGAAAUAAGUGGAAGAAUAAUAGAUGCAAGCUAUUCAAUGAGCAUUAUAAAUUGGAACUUAGUUGGGAUGCAAAUGUUAAUUCGAAUCCAAUUGGAAUUCCCAAAGAUCAUUGGGCUGCAUUUUUGGAAUAUAGAUUGAGUCCAAAAACUCAGGAAUUGUGUGAAAAGAAUGCUACAAAUCGGCAACAAUUAAAAAUUCCUCACACUCUUGGCUCAAAAACACUUGCUAGGAAACGCCAUGAACUUGAAGUUGAAACUGGGCGACAGUUUAGUAGAGGAGAAAUGUUUUCUAUCACUCACAAGAAAAAAGAUGGAACAUUUGUCAAUGAGGAAGCACAACAAAAAAAUGAAGACUUACAAAAGGAAAUUGGUGAGGGUGCUUCUGAAAAUGAAGCAUAUGUUAAAGUAUUUGGCAAAGAGAAUUCAAGCUAUGUUAGAGGUAUGGGAUUUGGUGUUCGUCCAUCUCAAAUGAUUGGAUCCUUAUCCCGCUCAAGAGAGUCUAUGCAAUCUACUACAACUAGUGGACCAUCAAGAGCUGAAUAUCAAAACUUGAAGUUACAAGUACAAUUGCUACAGGAGCAAGUAAAUUUUCUUGUGAAUCAUCAAAAGGGUCAAUUGCCACCCGGUUUUCCUACUGAGGUUGCAGAUUUUGAAUCACCGACACAUACAAGACCAUAUUCUUCUGCCAGUCAUGAACCUCAACAAUAUAGGUCAUCCAACGUUUAAAGGAGUUUUAUGAUUGAAUUGUUAGGUUUACAAGUUU